ACCUACACUCCCACCAACUAGCCCAAGUAGGCAGCUUAGUCAUCUUCCCUUCCAUGCAAAUAAAGUCUUCAACGACUUGAAAGAUUCAGGACGAUCUUAUCGUGCUUUUAAAAUUAUGAGACCUUUUAUCAUCACGCUUUUAACCAAAGCAUUAGAGCCAUAGACAUGGCAGUUGCCCGGAAGAAGCAUGUGUUACCUUACAACUUAAAUCCGCUCGAAUCUGUUUUUAAAGGAGAUUUGGAGCAUGGAGGAUACAAGGAACAUCUGCAAGGAGUUUAGGAAGAUCAACCGAUUGUUUUCUUCGGCAACACAGGGAGAAGGAUUGGAUUUGAUUGUUUUUCUUGAAGAAUACAAGGAGAAGAUUAGAUUUCGAGUUUCGUUGUGACAAUAGACAAUGGGGCUUGCAACAACUAUAGGCAAGUAUCAGCUAGGUAGAACGAUUGGAGAAGGUACCUUUGCCAAGGUCAAGCUGGCUGUCGACACCACCAACGGCCAUCAUGUUGCCAUCAAGAUUAUUGAUAAGACCAUGGUCAUGGAAAGCAAUCUCAAGUAUCAGGUACAACGAGAGAUAAGAACAAUGAAGCUUCUGAACCACCCACAUGUUGUAAAAAUACAUGAGGUUAUUGGCUCAAAGACCAAGAUAUACAUAAUAAUGGAGUACGUCUCAGGAGGACAACUUUCAGACAAAUUGUCUUAUUCCAAAAAAUUAUGUGACCCAGAGGCAAGGAAACUUUUCCAGCAACUGAUAGAUGCAGUGGACCAUUGCCAUAGCAAAGGAGUCUAUCACAGAGAUCUAAAGCCGGAGAACUUGCUUUUGGAUAGCAAGGGAAAUCUGAAAGUAUCUGAUUUUGGACUAAGUGCUUUGAGGAAGCCUGGAGAUAUGCUAACUACAGCCUGCGGCUCUCCCUGCUAUGUAGCACCUGAGCUGCUUGCAAAUAAGGGCUAUCAUGGAGCGGCUGCUGAUAUUUGGUCUUGCGGUGUCAUCCUUUUUGAACUAUUUGCUGGCUAUUUACCGUUUGAUGAUCGCAAUCUUGUGGUUUUAUACAAGAAGAUAUCUGGAGCACAAUACACAUGCCCACCAUGGUUCACAGAAUCUCAGAGGAAGCUGAUUGGACGAAUACUUAAUCCGAAUCCCAAAAGGAGAAUAACUAUUCCAGAAAUCAUUGAAGAUGCAUGGUUUCAAACAGAUUAUGUGCCUUCCUGCGGCUAUGAAUGUGAUGACAAAAUAUACUUGAAUGAUGUUACUGCUGCCUUCGAUACAGUUGAGGAGCACGACGCAGAGAUGAAGACACAUAAAUCCUCAAAUUUCAUAAAUGCAUUCCAAUUGAUAGCAAUGUCACAUGAUCUGGAUUUAUCGGGUCUUUUUGAAGGACAGGAUGACAAAAAGCAGAGGACAAGGAUUGGAUCCAAGCAUACAAUUGAUGAAACCAUAAAGAAAAUAGAAGCUGCUGCAAUGGAUGUGAGUCUGUCAGUUGAAAGGAUGAAAAAUUUCAAGAUCAAAAUGCAUCCAAAACAGAAGAUGACAAGAUGUUGUAGAUCAUUUUAUGACCUAUCAGCUGAGGUAAUUUUGGUUGCUCCCACAAAUUGUGUUGUAGAAGUAUCAAAAUCUGAAGGAGAGCUGACACUAUACAAAGAGUUUUGCAAGAGUUUAUCAAGUCUACUGAUAGAAAAAUCAGAUGUUUCAUCACAAACCCAAGAGUCCAAGUCAAUCGACACCAAUAGCAAUGAUAUCCUAAAGAAUGAAGGCUCCAAAGAAGAAAAAGACAAAGAAAGCAAAGACCCACGAGGCUAUUCCUCCUCGUGAAGAUCAGCUUAACUUAUUUAGUCUUAGCUUUCUUCAAUUCAGCAUCCUGAACAGUUCCCCAAGUGGAGAAGAAACACAUCAACACAUAAUCUAUUGGAAGUGCAGGGCAAAAUAAGAAUACAAAAUUAUUGCUCUUGGGCAUCAUUUGUCACUCAAUACUAAGUCCAAACAACAUCAUUUGCACACCUAUCUUCAUUUUCCAUGUGAAUUUUUUCCUUUUACUUUCUCUUCUCAAAAAUUUUACACUGCAGCAUAUUGUUCUAAUUUGUAUAUUAGAGGUUAUAAUUUUUUCAUUGAAAGAUAAAUAACAAAUAAAGAAGUUUCUCAA